UGAAGACACACUAAUACACACCACUCUCUCUUACACACACACACACACACACACACACACACACACCCCAGACCCAGAGAGGUUGUCUUCGUCUUCAGGCCGGAUACUGCCGUCCCACAGUGCAUCGCUGCGUCACCGCCGUCCACCAUGUCGGACGCCCCUGAGGCUGCGCCCCCUACCCCGCCCCCCCCUCACCAACCCGCCCCCUCCGGAGGUCACCAACCCCACCAAGCCUGGCAGGAAGACCAACCAGCUGCAGUACAUGCAGAACGUGGUAGUGAAGACUCUGUGGAAGCAUCAGUUUGCCUGGCCCUUCUACCAGCCUGUCGAUGCCAUCAAGCUCUGCCUGGCUGACUACCACAAGGUGAUAAAGAACCCGAUGGACAUGGGAACCAUCAAAAAGCGUCUGGAGAACAACUACUACUGGAGUGCCAGUGAGGCCAUGCAGGACUUCAACACCAUGUUUACCAACUGUUACAUCUACAACAAGCCCACAGAUGACAUCGUGCUCAUGGCCCAGGCUCUGGAGAAGAUCUUCCUGCAGAAAGUUGCUCAGAUGCCGCAGGAGGAAGUUGCUCUGUUGCCUCCUGCACCCAAAGGGAAGGCCAAGAGCAAGCCGCCUGCACCCGCCACCACAGGUACUGCAGUGAGCCAGCAGGCCGAGUCCUCCGCCUCUCCCCCCACAUCCUACCCUUCCCCCUCCCCCUCUCAGACGCCAGUCAUCUCGACCACGCCCACCCCCGUCCAGGCCACGCCCCCUGUCUCCGCACCUCAGCCGCCGGCAACCAUGAUGCCCUCGGCACAGCCCGUCGUCAAGAAGAAGGGUGUGAAGAGGAAAGCCGACACCACAACUCCGACCACGUCUGCGAUCUCUGCCGGUCGGGCCGACUCUCCGUCCGCACAGGACGUCAAGCCGGCCAAGCUGGGCUCGUCCCGCCGCGAGGCCGCCGCCCGCCCCGCCAAGACCCGCAAGGAGGGAGGAGAGGAGGCAGCGGGGGGCGAGGGGGGCGGUGCCGGGGGCGGGGUGGGUGCGGGAGGCAGGAAGGGCGGGAAGCUGGGCGAGCAGCUGAAACACUGCGACACCAUCCUGAAGGAGAUGCUGUCCAAGAAGCACGCCGCCUACGCCUGGCCCUUCUACAAGCCUGUGGACGCCGAGGCACUGGAGCUGCACGACUACCAUGACAUCAUCAAGCACCCCAUGGACCUGAGCACCGUCCGGAAAAAGAUGGACAACAGAGAGUACAGCGAUCCUCAGAGCUUCGCCACAGACGUCAGGUUAAUGUUCUCCAACUGCUACAAGUACAACCCACCAGACCACGAGGUGGUGGCCAUGGCCCGCAAGCUGCAGGAUGUGUUUGAGAUGCGUUUUGCGAAGAUGCCAGACGAGGGCUCGGAGGCGUCGGUUCCCUCUACGACGCCAUUGGUCAGUAAAAGCACCGCCUCCUCCGACAGCAGCAACAACUCCUCCUCCGACGAAUCCUCUGACUCCGAGGAGGAGCGGGCCACGCGAUUGGCCGAGCUACAGGAGCAGGUUGGUGCCGCCGACCAAUCACAGUUGAAGGCGGUCCAUGAGCAGCUGGCUGUCCUGUCCCAGGCUCCAGUCAGCAAACCAAAGAAGAAGAAGGAGAAGAAGGAUAAGGAGAAGGAGAAGAAGAAGGAGAAGGAGAAAGGGAACAAGGGGAAGACAGAGGAGGAGAAGAAGCCCAAGGCCGCCGCCCAGCCACCCAAGCCAGCCAAUCAGAAGAAAGCACCCGCCAGGAAAGCCAACAGCACGGUGACCGCCACCAGGCAACCCAAGAAGGGCGGCAAGACGCCAGGCGGCGGCGGCGGCGGCUCGGCCAACGGAGACGACGGCGAGGAGUCGUCCCUGCCCAUGUCGUACGACGAGAAGCGGCAGCUGAGCCUGGACAUCAACCGGCUGCCGGGCGAGAAGCUGGGCCGCGUCGUGCACAUCAUCCAGUCCAGAGAGCCGUCGCUGAGAGACUCCAACCCCGACGAGAUCGAGAUCGACUUCGAAACCCUCAAACCCUCCACGCUGAGAGAGCUGGAGCGCUACGUCAAGUCCUGCCUGCAGAGGAAGCAGAGGAAGCUACUGCAGAAGGCAGCAGGAGGUGGAGCCUCAGGGGGCGGGGCUAGUCGUUUGAGUGGCAGCUCCUCUUCCUCCUCUGAUGACAGCUCCUCAACAGGAACCUCCUCUUCCUCCGACACAGACUGAACACACACAUACAUGCAUAGACACACACACACACACACACACACACACACACACACACACUCUGAAUCGACAUUGAACAUACACACACUGAUAUGUUACUGAACACACAAACUGAAUGCACACACAGAGUUUUAUACACACAAACACACACCUAAAGACAGGCACAUACAUAUGGAACUAUAGAGUUAAUGCAUUCAGAUACAUACUAACGCAAACACACACACACACACACACACACACACACACAUACACACUCUUGUAAACUUAAAUCCUGAACAAACACACAUGCUCAGACAUCAACAUGUUCCCAUACAAAAGACAGAGAAAGAUACACUCUGAACUUCUUUCACACACACACACACACACACACACACACACACACACACACACAGCCACGCCCUGACUCGGAGACUGUAUGUAAAUAGGCUGACCUGUUUUUUUAGCUCCUAGUGUCGUUUUUCUGGAGGACUACAGACAGAGAGAAGAGAAGAAGAACUCAACGACAUCAGAGCAGCAGCAGCAGAAGAAGAGUGGAGACACCUGGUGGAGAGAGACAGACGGGCAGUCUGCCUGUCUGUCUGCCUGUCUGCCUGCCUGCCUGUCUGUCUGUCAGGAUGGGAGUCGUUGCAGGGAACCUUCUCAGAACACUUGAGCCCUGACGCCGCGGAAAUCAAGGCUUUCUUAUUCUUACCCCGGGCCGGCCGGCCGUGACCUCUGACCUCUGCCAACAUUCCAGAAGCAUCCGUAGAGCAUCACGAGAGAGGAGGAGGAGGAGGAGGAGGAGGAGGAGGAGGAGGGGCAGGGGGCGCUCUCAGUGGGUUUUGACGCCGACGUCGGUUCGUUUGACCGUGACCGUUUCCACUGAGCGCAGGAUAAUGAGGACAGUGAUGUUACUCACAAACAUCAGCUGGGGUCAGGGGGUCACCUGACUCACCUCAGCAUCAGCAUCACCGCUCACAGCAACAGCCAGUCCCGGCAGCCAUCUUUAAAACCUAAUUACACUUAUUGUUUGUCAAAGUGUGAUCAGGCCAUUUCUUCUGGCUCAAGGUUCCUGUAUGGAAGCUCCUGAAGACACUACCUGCCGGAUCUACUUUCCAAUUCAAAUAGGAAAGUAACAUGAAAAGAGCUGUUUGAAUGAAUGAAUGAAUGAAUGAAGGGUUCUGAUGAGAGCUCAGGCUGCCUUCAGGCUCCAGCCCGACAGCGCACGGUCCAUCAGCCCCAACACACGGAGCCCCGCCCACUCAGUGACGGGUCAGUGUCAGCCUGACCAGUCAGUGAACACACACAGCUUCCAUCCUCUCUCUCACACACACACACACACACACACACACACACACACACACACACAAGAGGAGAGGCUCAGGAUGUGGAGCUGAACUGGUUUCUCCAGGCAGCUCCUGAACGCAGCACGAGUGGCGUCCCGUCUGAGAGCCCGUCCUGCCUCCGCCGCUCCUCCAGCCCAAACCCACAGCCCAGCGCCGGUCCUCGGGGUCGUCACCCAGGGUCAUGUGGUCACAGGCCUGGCCCCGCCCCCCCUCCGCCCGGCGCCAGCUCCGUCUGAGAGCAGAGAGCAGAGAAACUUUUUGCUUUUUCAACACUACGUUUCUUUUAUUUUUCUGUUUUUUUUUUUUGUUUUGUUUGUUUGUUUUUUGAUUUUUUUUUUUUUAAUUUUUUUUUUCAGAUUGUGUGCUGAAAUUGUUUGUGUCUUAUAAGGUUCUCUAUAUAAACUGUCUUUGUACCGCUGUUCUGCUCUGAUUCACCCCCCCAACCCCAAUCCCCACACCGCCCCCCCCCCCCCACCCCCCCCCUCGCCAAAACCACUCAUACUGUAGGACGACAGCCUCCACAUCACAGCUACUUCCUCUCAUCACCACCGAGGUUAGAACACAACAUCUAUGGCAAACGGGGAGACGAGCCGCCGCGCCGUCCGGCCACACUGGGACGACCCGGGCGGGACUGAGGCGGGGUCGGUUUAAGACGCCGGGGCGGGGCCGGUCCAGGAUGCUGGGCCUUGUCUGGGGCUUGUGCGGGACACCGCGGUCGGGCGCGGCCCGGGACGCCCGGGCUUCCACGCCACCGCGUUCAGAGCUGGAACGGGACGAGCUCUGCCUCCUCGGUGUCGCCGCAGAGCCACGAACCUGCGUCGUGUUCUGAGCUCAGAGUUCAGAGCCUAACCCUAACCCUAACCCUCGUCCCUGUUUGGGUUUCCCUCAGCGGGACGUUUGACUGUCCAGUCACGUCUGGAAGGGGCGUGUCGAAGGGGGCGUGUUCUGGAAGGGGGCGUGUCAAAGGGGCUCGUUUGUGUGUUUUUGUUUUUUUGUCUGGUUUCGUUGCGAUCUGCGUCUGCCUCGCCAUUCGGUGCCAGCCAAUCAGAUCCAGCCGCGGUCCCUGCCCCGGGACCUGCGGCUGCACCUGCUCGGCGUCUGGAGCGUUAAUACGACACACCUUGUUGUCUCUGAUUGCGUUUGACCUUUGACCUCUGCGCAGACAGAGGAGUCUUCCUGUACAGUCUGAACCCGCUGCAGACAGGAAGCGGCUGCUCGGCCAAUCAGAGCUCUGCUGCGGCUCAGGCGGCUUCCUCCUCCUGCCGUCCGGGAAGUGAGAAGAACGGGGCGUUUUUACUUCCUGCUGCGUGAAGGUCCGACGGUCCAGCCAAUCACAGCAGCUCUCACGCCGCCAGACUCUCAUCAGCCCCCGUCUGUCUCUGGUGCGAGGAGAAGGUCGCCCCCUGCUGGUGAUGUCAGGCAGGACUGGCGGGACGUCCAUCCCAGAGCUCAGGAGUCAGACGUAGCGCCGUCUGCAAACCUUUUCCCGGCACAUUUUCCUGGAAAAUCUGUUUUUAUCUGCUCGUUCCUCUUAAAUGAAGCAGAUCCACUGAAUUCUGCUGCCGUUUCCAACCCAAAUCAUUCUGUUGCUAACAGCUAACAGCUAACACUGCAGCACAUGAAACAGCUGCUCUGUGCUAAAUCUACCACUAGCAUCAUGCUAGCUGCUGCUGGUUAGCAGCUAGCAUGUGUGUUUGUCCGACGUGUUCUUUGUCGGAGCGACUCGGGGCGACUCAGCCCAGAACGCCUCAGAGAGAAACUUCCCUCUUUGUUCAUAUGCAAACAAACGUCCAGAUAUCAUGAAUUAUUUUAAAGGAAUCAGGCUCCUCCUCCUGGAGUCGACAGGUUUUGAUUCCGAGGUCUGGAUGAUGCCAACAAGUCAGGAACACGUGGCGGCGCGAGGCCUCCGUCACGAGGCGGCGCGGCGCCCGAGGCCUCCGUCACGAGGCGGGGCGGCGCCCGAGGCCUCCGUCACGAGGCGGGGCGGCGCCCGAGGCCUCCGUCACGAGGCGGGGCGGCGCCCGAGGCCUCCGUCACGAGGCGGGGCGGCGCCCGAGGCCUCCGUCACGAGGCGGCGCGGCGCCCGAGGCCUCCGUCACGAGGCGGCGCGGCGCCCGAGGCCUCCGUCACGUGGCGGCGCGGCGCCCGAGGCCUCCGUCACGAGGCGGCGCGGCGCCCGAGGCCUCCGUCACGAGGCGGCGCGGCGCCCGAGGCCUCCGUCACGCUUCGGCUUCCAGUUUCCAAACAAAAUCAUUUUGCUUCUGUGGAGCUGCAAGAUGUCGUGCGCUAACAUCAGCACCUGAACACAGCAUGAGGGCCCGCCCCUCACAGAUCAGCUGUCAGUCAAACAGUAUGAGGGCGGGGCUUGGGUUUGAGUGAGUGCUCGCUCGGUCACGGCGGCUGGCGCUGCUCGUCAGACACUUCUUCUUCUGUUGAUUUGAAACAAAAUGGAAAAAACGCAUCACUUCCUGUGCAGCAGGAAAGAGCAACCAGACAUGGAGUGUGUUCACCGGACGCAUGACUGACGGACCCUCUCACACACACACACACACACACACACACACACACACACACACACACACACACACACACACACACACACACAGCCCUCCAUCGUCUCCCAGUGUGGCUGACAGACGGACGCGCGGCGUCUCCCACCUUCCUCACCUCUUUUUGUUUUAGUUGAUGGUCAAGCGAUGAUGAUGAUGAUGAUGAUGAUGAUAAUAGUUAAUUUUUGUAUUUUAAUAAGAAAGAGGAAAAAAUGAUUUUAUGUAUUUGCAUGCACUCCGGCCGUACGUUCUUUCUUCCGUAUGUUUUGAGCACUGUAUAGUAGCUGUAUAGUAGCUGUAAGGGUUAGCCAGGCCUCCGCUCGCUAGAGUAGAGAGAGAGAACGCAGGACAAACAGACGACAAACCAAGAAGUGAAUUAUUUGAUGUAAUUACUGAUAUGGGAUCCUUAUUUUCUGAGUUCCUUUGUUUUCAUAAAUAAACACAUAAACCUAC